GGUCGGUAUGGACGGGUUGGACCGAAGGGUCUGUUUCCCUGUUGUAUGAUUCUGUGGUUCUGUGACUCUACAAAAAUUCACCACAUAAGGUCGUAAGGAACAAGGGUGUGGUCUGUGUUAUUAUAAACUUCAGGAAAGAAACUUUUUUUGCAUAUUCCUGAAACUAGCAAAUCAACACAGGGAAUCAACAUCAAUUACCCCGCACGGAAUAACCUGUUAAACAACAAAGACGUGCUGUUGAGCAGAGACUGAAAGCACUUAGCCCGCUCUUCGACUGGAGGGAGUUGAGAUCACAUUCUCCAAACUGCUUGGACACCUGCUUGAGAAAGUGGAUGCUUUCUCACUCCAGAAGACAAGGGUUGCCCUGCUGGAGAAUUGAAGGAGUUCAUCGCAGGAAAACUGUGUGUUCCAAUUGCCAGAAAGUGAGCAGUUUGUGAACACAGACAGCAGCUCCCCAUCAUCCCAGACACACCGGCUCUGCAGGGGAAAACAUGAAGGGGUUCUUCAGCAUUGUCCUGCUCUGUGCUGGGAUCACAGCAGGACGAUCUCUUCAAUGUUUCAUGUGUUCAGCCUCCUCGGGUUCCUGCUCACUGAAUGAGACCACUUGCCGGAUUGGCGUCACCAACUGCCAGACUGGGUCAUACCACAUCAUCAUCGACAGUGGGACUGAGACUCACACACAUUCAACAACACUGUGAGGGUCCUGUCGAAGAUGUUUCGUUGAACACUGGAAGGGUGCAUAUCUCCCGGAGCAGCCGUCUCUGUGACUCAGACCGAUGUAAUAACCAGACAGUAGCAGAGCCUGUCAACACCACCCUGAACGGACUGCAAUGUUUCGGAUGCUACAGUCCAUCCAUGGCCUCCUGCCUGGCCAAUCUACAGAAGGUGGAGUGUGUGGGUCUGGAGAAUCGCUGUGUGAAUGGAACAAGCGAACAGAUAUUGUUGUCAGAUAUUGGUGAUGAUGUUGUAUUUAAAGGAUGUGCUUCAGCGAAUCAGUGCGGAGCGUGGAUGGAAUUGCGAAUGUUUGGUUUGUUUCUAAGCGACCUGUCCUGCUGUGAAGGCUCUUUGUGUAAUGGAGACACAGGGAUCACCACCACAGUGGAUCCAGGUUUGAUCCCAGCAGCAACCAGCACAUCAACCCCAGCAGCAACAAGGACAUCGACCCCAGCAGGAACCAGCACAUCGACCCCAGCAGGAACCAGCACAUCGACCCCAGCAGGAACCAGCACAUCGAUCCCAGCAGGAACCAGCACAUCGACCCCAGCGAACGCUCCAUUGAGUGGAGAAGUGUCCAUUAUCAUCGCCCUGGUGGUGGUCCUCAUCGCCUUGCUCCCAGUGCUGAUACUGAGACACAGAGUCAGCAGGCAUCGCUAUGAUAGAUUGCAAUCCCAUCAUCCGCUGUUGCCGUGGGGACAUGUGUUUCCUCCUUCUCCCCGUGAGCAGUGGACCCAAACCCAGCUGUGAUGUCAGCACAGGACGUGUGGAAGUGUGCAUGAUGGGAAAUGAUGCUAACUUGACGUCAACACUUAACCAACUGAGUGUGAAAGGGACAGGCCUCUGUGGACCCUGCAAAUACCUGACAAGCUGGUGGUCAGUCGGCCGGCUCAGGGGGAGCCAAAGGGGAUAGAAUAAGGAAUCAUGGACCCAGAUGUUCUCCACUGCCCUUGGAAUCUCUUGGAAGGUUCUGAUCCACAGGGUUUGGGCAAGAGAAGGGAACGGGACAACUCCAGAGCCCCCCUCCCGGUGAAGAGCCCCAGAGUUUGGAAUUAGCAGGAGAGGACGAGGUGCAGUCCAGUUCAGGCCACAGCGAUGGGGUUAGAGUUCACACGAUGAUGGUCACAGAGUAACAGCAACCCAGAGUUGGCCGCUGGAUGGGAAGCUGUUCCGAAUUACCGAGAUACGUGCACGUUGUCAAUGAUUUAAAUGCAAAUACAGAUUAAGAUUUCCGGGA